CACUCGUGAUGGAGGCUUCUUCCACACACACAGGCCCGGGGAUGUUGAGUUACCGAGCCCUAUAAAUGUCGUCCUAUGCGGAAGCUCACAAAGCGAGAAAAGAAGAGUAUCGCUUUUCGCGACCGGAGGCAGGGCAAGAAGGGACAGAAAAGCGCAGAGUUGGAAUUGGCAGAUAACGAUGUCUCCUGUCCUCGAAGAUCAAAUUCUUGCUGAGAGCGGGAUUGGUAUACCGCAAUGUGAAGAGGGCGAUGAACCGGGCGCGGGGUUUGUGGUCGACCACAGAACAGGGAACCCCAAGGCGGGAGCAACAAGGGUGGUGGGGUCGAAGAAGAGGAAGGGCGAAACUGGUGAAGAAACGCAAGGAACAGGAGAGCAGCCCGACAGGCCAAAACGCAAGAGGCGGAAAGGGCCUGAUGGGGAGCCUGUCGUCGAUGUGGAACAAGCUGUAGAAGGCGAGGAGAGUGGUGAGGAGUCGGGGAAGUCGAAUCAACGGUUCAUUCUUUUUCUCGGUAAUCUCAAGUAUACCACGACGGCGGAAACCAUUCGAGGACAUUUCUCCGCAUGUGAUCCACCACCCACUGUACGAUUACUUACACCCAAACUAUCAACGAGCAAACCUCCGACAAAACUUAUCACGAAAUCAAAAGGAUGUGCUUUUCUCGAGUUUGAGAAUAAGCAUGCCCUUCAACGGGCUCUUAAGCUGCAUCACUCUGAGCUGGAGGGUCGCAAAAUUAACGUAGAAUUGACCGCAGGAGGCGGAGGUAAAGGAGAAGCCCGUUUAAAGAAGCUCAAAGAUCGUAACAAGGGAUUGGAUGGGCAGCGAGUAUGUGUACUUCGCCUCAGUUCUCUUGACUCGAACUUGACGAUGUAUCGAAGCGUAAAAAACAAGGGGGGCAGGCUCGCACCGAUAUCACGACAAGUGAUCAAACUCAAGGCACACAGCGCUUUCUCCGCGACUUCUGGGGCGGAGCAAGUUCAAGUUAAGAAGCGGACUUGGAGCGUUGGUGACGUAGUAGAAACCGAGAAGCAUCGUGGCGGUAAGAAGCAUGCAAAGGACGGCCAGGGACGCAAAGCCAAGAGUUUUGGGACUGGUGUCAAUGCCAUACGAGUAGGGUAG